AUGGUAGGGUUACUUAAUUAUUUUACUUGUGGGUUUAUUAAUAGAGAACGCGGGUUUAGGAGAGUACCCUCUUUAAGUGACUUGGAAGUUGGGCUCGCAGGAGCGCAGCAGAGGCUCUUGACGAGGUUUAAGGCUGAUGGGUUUAGCAAGCGGCAUCAUGAACAGCACAACUCUAUAAAGUCUUCACGAUCAGGAUCUCCAGAACCCUCAGAUGGACCCAGCAGUGUCGAAUCUUUCCGGCCAAUCCAACGCACGCCAACUCCCAGCAGACUUGGGCCUCCGCCCUCACCACCCGUGCCCACAAAACCUGUGGCCCCCGCUGCCCCAGAGCCGUCAGGGCCUCUCAUGCCAUGUGCUAUAUGCGGGAGGACCUUUGUGCCCCAGUCGCUAUCAAAACACGUAAAGAUCUGCGAGAAAAUGACCGUCAAGAAAAGGAAAACCUUCGACUCUUCAAGGCAGAGGCGCGAAGGCACGGACCUAGAACAAUACUUGCCAAAGAAUUUCGGUCUUCCAGAAAACAGCCCAUUCCUUGAGAAGAGCCCGCCGAACACAGCUAAAGCAACGCCCAAACCCAAGCCGCAGUCAGUCCGUACUGCUAUCAUGAAGCCCACUGCCGACCUCCAAAAGUGUCCUCAUUGCGGACGCGCCUUCGGUGUGAGGGCGUUCGAGAGACACGUCGAUUGGUGCGCGGACAAAGCGAAGAUUUUACCAGCUGCUUCCGCGCAAGCGCCACCGCACAUCACCGAUGCCAAACAAAGGCUUAAUGCGCGUACGCAGUACAAAGCACCGCCAGUUAGAACGCGACGAUCAUCUCAAACUCGUGAGAAGUCAUCAAGAUCGGCGUCGGUAGAAUCUAGUCGAGGUGUGUCACCGCCUAGAGAGUUUGGUGACUACAAACAUCCACAAUCUAGGGCUUCAGAGUCCGGAUCUAGCAAUGAUUAUCACGAGGAGAGCUCCCCGCAUAUUCCAGUUAUUAGAAACUCGCGUAGCUCUCAAAAUAAAUCGUCUGGAGAUGCGAAUAUUAAAGCGAGGCAAGCCCGGCUGGCCAAGGAUUUAAGCAGCACUAGAAAUAAUGAAGAACCUAUCGCUCUACAAUCCAAAACUGACCCAAUAAAUAAGCAGCAUGACCAGAAGAAACCAAGGUUAAAUGUUAGGAAAAAACAACAGUUAAAAAAUCUGGAGGAGAUCGCUGAAAAACAUAAAGCAAGGAGUGAAAAAAUAAUAGCCGACCAGAAAAGAAUUAAAGAAAAAAUCGCAGCAUCAAAAAGUCAAAUUCCAAUUCGCAACCAACAAAAAACACAGAUUACAAAUUGUGACGAUAUAUUAAAACAGGAGUUAAACACUGAGGAAGAGGAAGUUUCCGUCGCGAAAUUAAAGCCAAAAUCAAAUUAUUCGAAGAAGAAAUCAAUUUCUUCAAAGUCAAGAAGACAAAAAGAUAACACUGUAAAAAAAGAAACGGUAAAAAAGUUGAAAGAGAGUACCAUGAGCUUAGACAGUCUUGAAGAUUGUCCACCGAAAUCAGAUAGAGAACAAAGAAGUCAAUCAAUUGGUAUUAAUACGGAACUUCUUUGCCCAUGUGUGCCUUGCGUUAUCCAUGACACAUCUUCAGAUAAAACAAAAUCUAAGAAUAGAAGCUCUUCUACGACAAAUAAAACGCGAGUUGAUAAAACAGAUGAACUUUUAGAAAAUACCAUAACCGUGCCUUCCCCAAGUGUCGAAUUAUUGUUUAAAAAUCUCACCAUGGUUAGUUCUUGUGACAUAAGUACAGAUUUGCGAGAACAGAAUGAUCAUGAUGACAUUGUACAUAAUCUAUCGGAAAAUUCCAUUCCAAACUAUCCAACUGAAAGUAAAGAAUUGUGUAAAAAUCCGGCUUAUGAAGGUGAAAUAUUUGAAGAGAACUACGAACGGGAUCUUAGCGAAGACAGCUUUGAAUGUGACAAUAAAAAAGAAAUUGAAAUUAAAGAAGAUGAAAAUGAAACUAAUUUAAUAAGCCGUCAUGGCAGCGGUGACACAUAUACUAAAUUCAUGGAUAAUCCAGCUGACUUGGAAGAGUUUCUUACGUUAACUGACAACAUGAUGACGUGUGAAACGAAAUGUCAAGAAGAAUUUUCAAAAAACAUAGAAGAUCUCCAUACACCGAAAACAAAUUCCAUCGAAUCGAUAUGUUUGAAAAAUAAUGAUAACAUUACCAUGAAACAUAAUUUCUCGGAGUCAUUUGAAGAAUUAAAAAAUAAUUUCAAAGAUUUAUUACAAGAAGCGCAAGAGUUCCCGCCGAGUAAUUCAGAGGAGACCAGGAAAGUCUCAGAUCUCGAACACAUAACAGUGUAUGAAUUAAAGUUGUACGAACAAGAAGAAAAUACAAAAGAUGUUCCAAUUGAACCGGAUAAAAAAAUCAAACUCCCCUCGAUCGCCGAGAACAAUAAAGGGCCUCAAAAAGGUAAAAAUAACAUCGCAAGCAUCUAUAAGGAUAAUCGAAAAGUCAAAAUGCAAAAACGGACGGAUAAAGAUUAUCAGACCUAUAUUAUCAAGGAACGUCGAGAUGAAAGCAGCGACGAAGCACCACCACUAAAGCUACCCAGAAUUGAAUUAAAAAGGCUUGACGAUAAUUACGACCCCUUCGCUUGUGCUGCUAGGCAGAUGAAAGAGCUAAUGUCUUCAGACACAAAUAUUCCGAAAAAGCAACAAAAGGCUUCAAAAGAAUCCAGUCGCACACUUCCUUCCUUAAAACCCACUCCUACCAGAGCCUCCACUCUAAACCGCACCGAUAAUACCAAAACUAUAAAAGACACCAUUAAUAAAACAUAUCAAAAAACACCUACACUGAACAGAAUGAAAUCAUUUGGAAGUACACAUAAUGAUAAUCUCUCAAGUUCCUUUGGUGGUAGAUGUAGUUCGUUUAGAUUAAAUAGAAAUGAGAAAAAACCUACUCUUAAUACAACAUUCACCAAAUCCAGCAAGGAAAAUAUCAAUUCUGUAGAAAAACCAUACUUUAAUCGCAGCAGUAAUUUAAAUAGAUCAUUUUCUAGUUAUAAUAAUUCAGUCUAUAGUACGCCUAAGUUAAAAAAUAAAAUUCCAAAGUUAUCCACAUCUAUGCAUCAUGCUUUUCAGAGAAAUACUGGGAGUCAACCCUUGAAACUUGAAAAAAUUAAAAAAGAUGAUAAGAAAGAUCUUGUAAAUCUUGAUGCUAUACUGUCAUGUGAUAACUCUUCUAUGACAGAUAGUAAUUAUAUAGAUCCCAUGUUGAUCAAUGAAAAUGACAAUUUGCCGAUAAAUGUUAACACUAUCUUAAACAAUCCCGACAUUAUAAGUAGCUUUGAAUCUCUACUAACUACUGAAAAUCUACCAGCUAAAUUCGAAUCGUUUAGUACUAUAAAGAAAAACAAUAACUGUAGAAAUAUUACAAAUAUAGAAAGUCUUAAAAACGAGAAAAACAAUAAUUUUCAUAGUGAGACUUCGACGACUCCAAUCAUAAGUGAUUUAGGGGCUCAGUAUGAUAAGCUAAUGUACUCUCUCGAUCAUAGUAUAACAUCUAGAACUUCUGGUAGAGACGAUGACUCCCUUUGUGAAGAUUUUGAUCUCGAGGAAUUCAUGACCUCUUUCGACGAAGAGGUUAAUAAACAAAAAUCUGAAAAGCGCACGUGUAGCUCGACAACUAGAGUAGUCAAGCAAUCUGAAUUGUCUGACGACGUAAUUGUCGCCGGAAAUGAUACCCCUAAAAUUUUAAAAAGUAGUAGUAACGGUAUGAUUCCAGUGAAUAAAUCAAUGUCCCUUGUUUUUAGCAGUAACAAUAUCGUGGGUGAUAAACUGCUUCCUUCCUCCGUCAAGCGUUCCACUUCCCUCCUUGAUUCCAUUCAAAAGAAACCUGCCAAAAUAGAACCUAAAAUCCGCCAUAAGACUGAUCAGCUGGAAGAUGAUAUAAUGCAAUCUCUGAAAGAAUUCGACAAGUUCUACGAAUCUCAGAAAAAUGAGAAAAGUCAUUCGAAUAAAGAUCUUAAUAUGAAUAAACGCACGUACAUUGAUACAGUAAAAAGAGGUAGUCGGAAGAAGAUCGAACAAAAUAAUAAAUGUGACAACAUCAUAAACGGAAAUCACACGCCUGGUGGGAAAAUAAGCAACGAUUCAGCUUAUAGCAGGUUAGUCAGCCUAAACAGAGUAUCGCCAUCAAAGCUGUCCUUGUGCAAUGUUAAAGAAUCCAACGAUACAGUGCUCUUAGAACAACCAGGCGGAUCAGACACGAGUGAGAGUCAUAAAGAAGACAGACGUUCUAUAUCAAGUGAAGAAUUUUUAGCGAUGGAGAAAUCCACUGAGACAGAAGAGACGUUAACGAGAUCUGAUAUGCACUCGUCCUACAAUAAUGUAGAGCACAUCAGUGUUCAUGAGAAACGUACCAGUUCUCGGGUCUCCACACAUCGCACAUCGCAUCGUAAUAUAAAAGAGGCACUCAGCUCUAGUGGUUCUGAGACGUCCUUAAGCCGUGUUCGAAGGGAGCAACACUCCGCCCCGCGCCUUUCUCGCUUCUGUCACGAAUGCGGGAGUAAGUUCCCUGAUAAAGCCAAGUUUUGUAUCGAAUGUGGCGUUAAACGAUUGUUAGUGUGA